AUGGCUCCUCAUUUGCGUUCCAGUUCUCGCGCUCCCUCGAAUAAUUCUCGCCCAUCUACUCCUACAGUUACUCUACCACCAGCAGAUUACUUCUAUGGAGACUCCAAUCGACCGCGCAAACAGCGCCGUACCGGCCGCAACUCGCGCGUCGGUGUUGACACUCUAGACGAUUCUCGUGAGGCUACUACAGAACCACAGGAUGUUUACACGAAUAACCUCCCGCGUCCUCUUACGGAAAAUGGAGAUCAACCAAAUCGCCAACCGCAGGUGGUUGGAGCGGAUGGGAAAAUAAGCAUCGACCAGCUCAUUGCCGAUUCGGACUGGAGUGAGCCUGCCUUGAGGGAUGCUCAGCCCAGUUACAAAGACUAUACAUGGUCCACUGCAUGGUUCGGCAAUAAUCCUGCGCUGUCCACCAUGAAACCACUAGGGCAGCUGCCCAACGCAACUGACAAGCGCAAAGCUGGAAUCAAGGCGCCCAAGCCGGCAGUCAAGGAGGUCAAAGAAAAUAACAAGAAGUUGUCAAAAAAGACCGCUAGCCAAGCAACCAGCACACCUGUAAACGAAGUUGUCACAGACGCAUCUGACCCAACAUCUUUACGAAUGUUCACAUCAUCUGAACAUGAUGUUGAGAAGCUACGAUCAGUGGUGCAAGCCGCAUUGCAUGUUGCAGAGGAUAAAGGUGACCGUGCAGUAUCUCAAGGCCUCCGCGAAAUGUGGGCUCAGGGCGCCAACGAUCCUUUUGUGCUUUCAAUUCUGGAUAAUGUGAUGCGAAAGAACCCAGACGCAGAACAAAAGACUAUCUUCAAAACCUAUAUGCGCGCUGCUUAUAAAAAGAUACAGUCCAAUCUGCCUCCCACCGAACCUACAGAACCAGAACCAAUCAGUCGUUCACUCUCUACCAACAGCAUUACUUCUGUGUCUUCAGCGAACUUGGCUGAUGCAGCAGCAGCUAAGCCUAUCAUGGCUUCAACUAUGAUCGAGAAUGGAUCUGGCGCUAUUACUAGAGGACGCAAAAGGGCCCGCAAUUCGGAGGUACUUCCCACUCCGAAUUCGAAUGUGGAUGACGCAUCUAGUCAAAAAAGAUCGAUAGGAGAAGUUUACGAUGGAGUAGAGGAGACAGAGGAUGCAGCAACGGUUGCAAAACGCACUCGCCGUGACAAUUUCCCCGUUGUGGCAAAACCAAGUCAAAUGAGGUCGUCAUUAGGCAGGGAGAGCCCAAUGAGCGCCACGGCCCCUAGGACCAGGAACAAAACGUCCAAAUCAGCGAACGGGCCAGUCUUGAACAAUCAUGCUGCGGACGAAGGCCCUGACAAUAAUGAUUUCUGUCGACAAUGCCAACGCAGCGGUUCCCUACUUUGUUGCGAUGGAUGCGUAAAUUCCUAUCACUUCUCGUGUCUAGAUCCUCCUCUGGAUCCUGCUCAUCCCCCAGAAGGAGAAUGGUUCUGCCCAUCGUGUCAAAUGCGAAACUCAUUUGGGUCUCUCGUCAAGAAUAUCAGGGACGUGGAACAUGAUUUUCAGCUUCCACUUGGUAUACGAGAGUAUUACCAAGGCGUGGCAACCGGAAAGGGAGGCGUUUAUCAGCAGGUCGUGGCCAACCUUCGACCUGGAACUCACGGUAGGGGUAAACGGGAGGGCAAAUCUGAGCAAGAAUAUCUUACCCGACAAUUUGAUGCAAAGGGCAAAUUGAUUGUUUGUAUUGCUUGCGGCUUGACCUCGAACGGUGUACGUCCCUUAGUCCAGUGUGACUAUUGCCCGUGCUGGUGGCACAUUGAUUGUACCGACCCGCCGUUACCAGGCCCGCCCAAGCAGCAACAAUCUAGCGAAAAGACCUACCAUAACUGGAUGUGUCCUAACCAUAUCGACCACGAGCUUUAUCUUGUACAUACCGAUAACGGCUCAUACGCUGGCACGUCUCGCAUUCGUCGUCCCCGAAACCCACGUGUCAUUGAUAUUGAUGUCUUACCUGACGAUUCAGAAGUUGAAGAGCUACAGGAGACGGAAACACAAGGGAUUGUUUAUAGAGUUUCUGAAAGUGGAUUGAAGCUCAAUUUCCUAGAACGUGUUAAACGAGAAAACCUCGAAGCCGAGGUUCGUGCGUCAGCCGCAGCCCAGUACAGGGAUUAUGCCUGUCAGAAAUUGGACCAACUUGUUGAAAAGGCAACAGCAUUCUAUGAAAAAGCAGCCGCACCGGAACCUACACCUAUUGCUGAAGCACAAGCUUCGAUUUUGACUUCACGCUCAGAGGCAGACCGAGAGGCGAUUGCCAAUUUGGUAGCCUUUGCCACGGAGAAUCGUGAUGCUCAAGCCAUUCCAUCUGAAAGAGUUGGCUUUCUUGUUGAUGCGUUACUUGCAUCUUCGGAAGAUGGAGCGCCAAAAGCUUCGAGUGAACUUGACUCUCUUCAAGCGUUGAAAGACUUGAUUGAGCGCCGCAUGGGAGCACUACAGGCUUCUMAAUGA